AUGAACUUUAUUUCUCUUGGACGUGGCGACGGCGACCGGCGGUCGCGGCGGCGGGAGGUCCACACGUCGGUCGUUUUCCGGUGCAAUCCGUUCCUCACGCGCGUCGAAGACCUGCGCGCAUCGCGCACGUCGUUUCCGGCGUCACAUACCGCCGUCGUCUUCCGCGCCGUUCCGUAUGACUUUUUGGUCAUGUACAAUUUGCAUUUUUUUAAAAUUGCCGCGGAACGCGGCCACCUGGAGAUGCUGCAGUGGGCGCGAGCGAACGGCGCUCCGUGGGACGAGAGGACUUGCGCCAAAGCCGCGAGAGGCGGCCACCUGGAGAUGCUGCAGUGGGCGAAAGCGAUGGGAUGUCCGUGUGAAGGGUAUGGAUUAUGUUUACUUCCCCCCUCCGACACGCCGGGGUUUGCUUCGCCACUUAGUGCCCCCUCACUUUUAUCGUCUCUACCUACGUGUGUACCACGUAGUGUCCCCGCGCGGCACUCCGCCCCUCCCCCACAUCUCCGCGCUUCCCGAGAAGCUACCCGGCAACCUCCUUGGCCAGCCAUUUGCGCAACUCCUUUCCGCGCUCGUAGAUCUUCUUACCCGUGCGCACCAGACUGGAGUGUUCGGGAGUCUUCACACCAUGUGUGGGCUCGGGGGUACGAAGUCUCAACAUAUACCUAG